AUGGGUUCUACUCUAGAACUAAAGUUAAAUGUUGUUGCCAAUGCUGCAGCGUUAGCCGGCGAAAUGCAGAAAUUAGGAUUUAAACUCGUUUCUGAUGGCACCGAUAAUCAUUUGAUGCUCGUAGACUUGAAAAAUAAGGGCGUUAAUGGCAGCAAAGUUGAAAAGGUCUGCGAGUUGGCGUCGAUUACUUUGAAUAAGAACACCGUGCCGGGGGAUAAGAGUGCGAUGAACCCGAGCGGGCUGAGAAUUGGAAGCCCUGCUAUGACAUCUCGUGGCUGCACUGAAGAUGACUUUCGUAGAGUUGCGCAGUUUUUGAACAGAGCCGUGGAUAUCGCGUUGGAGGUGAGUUACUAUGGGUGUAUUGAGAGCCAGAACCCAACGUCGACCAAAAUAUUAGAGAGACUUAACUUAUAA